UAGGUCAUAGGAGUACCACUCGAAGAUGCUUCCCCUUCUCAUCUUCCCAACAAGAGGAAAUGUAUUGGGGGAGACGGUUCUUGAAAUGGCACUGCAGUUGAUUCCAUUAACCUUACCAUAUUAUACCCAUACCUUAUUUCGUAGUGUCCCAAAUUCUGUGCCCUUACCCACAACAACUCGUAUGUGCCAGGGUCAUAAAUUAAGUGCAGUGUCCUUGGAUGAAAUUCCCCCCAAUGCCCUUCGCCGGAAGUGUGACCCCAGUUGGCGUGGAGGGUUCAGUCUAGGGCUAGACUUGGGAAUGUCUCGCACCGGCCUCGCCCUUAGCAAAGGCUUCUCAAUCCGUCCCCUAACCGUUUUGGAGCUGCGAGGUCAGAAGCUCGAGCUUCGCCUUCUUGAAAUUGCGGAACGACAGGAGGUUGAUGAGUUUAUAAUUGGGCUUCCGAAGUCUCAUGAUGGUGCGGAGACACCCCAGUCCAACAAAGUUCGUAGCAUUGCAGGAAGACUUGCUGUUCGAGCUGCAGAGAGGGGUUGGAGAGUAUACCUACAGGAUGAACAUGGGACAUCAACUGAGGCCAUGAGCAUCAUGAUUGAUAUGGGCCUCAGCAAGUCUGCUCGUCAAGGGAAAAUUGAUGCCUACGCUGCCAUGAUUGUGCUGGAAAGAUACUUUUCCGUGUCCGGUGAAGGUACCGAACUUGUUCUACCAAAGCAAUUGGAACUCCAAGAAAAGCUUCGGAGUCCACCUAGGGAUGUGGAUUUUUUUGAAGAAGAUUUUGAUGGUUGACAAUUUGCUUUGCCACCCUUCAUAAUCACUAGUGAAGGUCUUGAAUCCAUUGUCAUUCAGUGAAGAUGGAAUUUAGAAGGCACAACCUAUUGAAAGACAUAACUACAGAAUCUGCAAAAUCAAAGAGCCUCCUGGAGAAUGAUUCAAUAAUCGGUAGGUUUAUGGAGCUAUUAAUGGUGAAAGCCAUACAUAAGAGACUGCAAAAAAAUUGACGAAGGGUUUAUAUACUUUUUAUUUUUGUGUUAAAAUUUGUUAUUCAUGCAAACAAGUUUCAAAUUAGAUUUAUUGAGUAUAUUUAAUUGAAUUUUUGUAA